UCAGCUCCGCAGCUGCUGUCACUGCCAGUCCGGGCGUCGACCGCGCCGCCCUCCCGCAGCCAGUCUCUCGUACUCGCUCUGGCUCUGCGCGUCUAGCGGAUGGCCUUGCCCUUCCUGGCGGAGGCGUGUGGACGAAAUGCAGGGAGGCUUCCUCCGCCGUUAGUCCGCCAGCACUGCCAUUCAUUGCCAGUCUGACCGCGGUCCCUCUUCUAUCGGGAGCCGGUGUCGGCAGGCCCCAUCCUCGGGGAGCCGCUGGAGUUCUCCUUGGGUCUGGGAGCCGAGGGGGAUGGAGUACUGACCCGCCUCAGCACCCACCGUUCUGGAUGUGGGAAGCCUGUUCUAAUUAAAGGUCUUGGCCUAAAACGUCGAUUGGGUUUUUCCCCCCCAAAGAUGCUGCUGACUGGCUGAGUUCCUCCAGCGCCUUUGUGUGUUGCUCCAGAUUUCCAGCAUUGGCAGUCUCUUGUGUCUCUCCUAAUGGUUCAGGGAAAAGAAGCCCAGCCUAUUCAGCCUGAAGUCCUCCACCCCAAGCAACAUCUUUCAUCUCCACUCAUUCCAGAGCAGUCACAUACUUCAUACGAUGAACUCCAUCGUGUGAAGUCCUAAUGUUGUCGAACCCCCAGUGGUUUGUGAGGCUGCAACAUAAUUGCUAAAUUCUGUGCACUGACCUGUGAAGGUAGAACACAGAACAGUACAGCAGAGGAACAGAGCUUCUACCACAUAACGUCUGCACCGAACACGAUGCCAGUACUGGAAUGACAAACAAUCUUGAAUCUUGAAUAUGCAAUUAAAAGGGAAGCAGAGCCCUUUAAUGGAUCAAUUCAAGGCUGGCAGAAUGAAGCCCUGCAUGUUUUUACAGUUUAUGUUUUUGGUCCUCUCAUUAUCCGGAUGUGAUCCCAUUUUUGCUCAAAACAGUGAUUCGUGUGGCUCCAUUUCUCCCAGCAGACUGGUUGCAAAUGUUGGCUCAAGCCACAACAUAACCUGCUCAUUUUGUGAAGCUGGAGCAGCUGACAAGGUACAAUGGGUAUAUGGUGGCAGUCCACUCACCAGGAGCCAAUUCACUAAGAUCAACUCCAGUGCCAGUGUGGCAACGUUGAUUAACCUUGGCCUAACCAGCAGACAAGGAGAGAAUCUGACAUGUGUUUCUGAAAAGGAGUCUAACAUCAUGUUAGUUCAAACUGGAUAUCCUCCAGAUGCCCCUCGGGACCUGAAAUGCAUAACUCAUAACUUCACUAAAAUCAACUGUUCAUGGAACCAAGGAAGAGACACAAAUAUAGAAACCAGCUACAUCAGCUGUCUCAAGUCAUCAAAUAACUGCACAAAUGUGGGAAAGGCUAACUUUGUUGAAUAUGAUUUCUUAAUAUUUAACACCAUGAUGAUACAGAUAACCGCUGUUAAUGUACUGGGAAGAGAGACAUCAGAGGAAUUCACAGUGAUGGAAAGCGAUAUAGUGUUCGUACCUUACACACCGGAACUUCGCAGAGUUUUCCAAGAUCCGUCCAACGACAAGGUGGCGGUGGUGCAAUGGGCUGAAGGGGGUGAAAUUUAUGGUCUUAAUUUGAAGAUGAUUUUCCAAAUCCAAGUUCUCAGAGCAUACAAGAUGGAAGAGGUCUGGGUGGGGAAUUACAGUAGUACCUUGGAUUUUACCUAUAACAGGAUGCUGCAGUUGACUUGGACAUCAGACACGCCUGUCCAGUGCACAUCCUACUUGGUGAGAAUCCGCUCUAUUGGUGAUGACAAUAAAUACCAGUUUGCUGGGAAAAGUGCGUGGAGUGAAUGGAGCCCACCAUUAAAACUUGAUGGCCGGGAUGUGACUUACCAGACUGGGUUUGAGUUCUAUCCCCCAGAUUCAACUGUUCUGGAAGCAGGUUCAAGUCCAGUGUUCUGCUGUGUGGUUGGUAAAGGAAAUCGCAUCCUGAAUUUGACUUUUGACAACUACAGGUCCACAGUCAUCAAAUUAAGUGACAGGAGCAUGGCCGUCAGUGCGCAGAAUAUCACUUCGUCAAGAGAAUCUGGAGCAAAUGUUUUGUGCACUACAAUUUCUGGUUCUCUUAGUGGAGCAACUGUAUUUAUUGGCUAUCCACCUGAUACACCAAAAAAUGUCAGCUGUGAAACUCGCGAUUUACAAACGAUGAAUUGUACGUGGGAACCAGGAAGACCUACUGAACUAGUUGCAGAGCGUGGGACAAUCUAUAGUCUCAACAUUGGGUCAUCACAGAACUCCCUUCCAUGUGUGGACGCUUCAAAGCUGUGUCCCGAAUACUGGUGUAGUUUUCCCAUUUCAAAUAGGAGUGCUAAAACCAAUGUAUCGAUACAUGCAAAAAACCCACUAGGGAAAGCACUGACCAGUUUAAUUGUGGAUGUGACCCGUGUCGUUCACCCCUUUGCUCCUCAUCAGCUGAAAGAGGAAAAUACAACAUCAGACAGCAUAACUCUGACCUGGAUGGAUCAAAUUCAUUAUACAGGCAUUGACUUGCUUUGUGAGGUGGUGAUCCAAGAUGAGUCUGGGCAAACUAUGUCACUUAAUUGUUCUGUGCAUGGAAAACCAACAAAUGCACAGCAGAUGAUAACACUAAAUAAUUUACAACCCAACACGGAGUAUUCUAUCAGAGCUCGAUAUUCGUCUGUACAGUUUUGGAAAUGGAGUGAAUGGAGCAACGUUGCAGUGGUCAGAACUAAGGUUGCAGCACCAUCAGUGAGCCUGGAUGUAUGGAGAACAGUUCUGCCAAACCGCACUGUGAUCAUUUACUGGAAGCCACUGUCAGCCAAGGAUGCAAAUGGUCCAAUUUUAUUUCAUAAUGUAACUUGGUCAAAAAUGGAAAGUGCUUUGAUUGAUAGCACUCGUGUCCAUGGAACAGAUGUACGAGUUCACCUAGACCAAGCUGGCUACAUUAUCACUGUUGUGGCUCAGAACAAAGCAGGAACAUCAUUGCCUUCUGUGAUCAAGAUCCCUCCAGAGCAAGAUGUUGAAAAUGUGGCCCUUGGGAGAAUUGCUGGUUUUGGGGAUGGAUUCAGUGUGACUUGGCCCAAGCACCAGACUGAGAGCUGUGGUUAUACUGUACAGUGGUGUGAGUCCUUGAGUUUGCCUGUGUGUAAGGUGAAUUGGCGUAAAUUUCCUUCAAAUACAACAGGUGCCACUAUAAAAUCAGAAGCCUUCCAGUCUGGUGUGCAGUACAGCCUUGAGGUGUAUGAGUGCAGGGAAGAUGGGGAUCACAUUCUGAAGAAGCUGCUUGGCUACACACGGGAACUAGCCCCGGCCGUAGCUCCAAAAGUGAUGAUCAACAAAACCACUGGAGAUUCAGUGCAGAUCAAGUGGAAAAGCAUUCCUUUGGAGAAGCAACGCGGGUUCAUUGAGGGGUUCAAGAUUUAUUACAGUAAAUUUCGCAAUAGCUCAACAGCAAACAAGCCAGCAAAUUUGGGCAAUGAGUCGGCUAAUGUCGUCCUUCAUCCUGACAAGCGGGCAUUCAAGAUCUUGGGCCUUGAACCAGGAACCACAUACAAAAUUGGAGUAAGAGCAUUUACCAAAGGAGGGGACAGUCCCAGCGAUGCAGUCACCGUAACCACGCCAAACAGCCCUAUCGCCUUGAUCCUCGGGAUUAUCUUGCCACUGAUCGGAUUUAUAGUGCUUGCCGUUGUCCUCAGUAUCUUCUUUUACCAAAAGCAAGAAUGGAUCAAAGACACAUUUUAUCCUGAUAUUCCUGAUCCAAUGAACAGCAAAGUUAUCCGGAAUGGAAGCUUUCUUCAGGGAGUCAAUUUAUGUAAAACCCUGGAGCCGAAAGACUGCACACCCAAUGAAGUGCAGGUUGUUGAAGGCAAACCAAUCGAAGCAGACGGUAAUACCUGCCUGAAGAGAGAACAGGAUGAGGUCAUAUUGGAGGAUAACUCUGAAAAUGAGAUUCAGGAACAUGGCGUCCUGUCAUACCAGCAAAGUAGCACAUCGAUGGAACUGUCAGGGGAGCCAAAUCCAGCGUUCGAAGCGGCAGCCCCAUUAAUGCCGUGUGUUUACCCCAGUGAAGUAACGUACACCAGUAUACGGGGCCCCACCCUGUUCCAACAGGAGACGGAAGGGGCAGAUCAGAUGGAGGAUGAUAUGGACGUCAUCGUCAAGUCGGGCUAUCAGCCCCAGGUCCAUUUAGCCACUAAUCCUACGCUGCACAGGCGGCAACCUGACCUAACACUGCAUGUCAAUGGCUAUCAGCCUCAGAUGCAUAACAAACCCCGCACCCUUGAUACCGGAGAUUUGCCACCGUCGGAACCUGAAUCUGUUGGCAGCCCGACCUCCAUCAAUUCCCAAGCUUUCUUGAUUCCAGAGAAUAUGUUGGGGGAUGAACUGAAACCCAACGGCAAAAUGUGGUCUCUUCCCUUCUUCCAUUCCUGAAUGUCUUCAAGCUCCUACAGUUCCUCUGACCUCAGCUGGGGGAGGGAGUGGGGGGUGAGAUGGGAACAGAGAGCCCCAGUUUUAAACCGUCACUGUUAAUCUUUGCUCAGUGGGAAUCUCCUCCGUCCCUCAGCAGUGCAGAGUGAGAAAGUCCACGUUAUGGCUGUUUUCCAAGGUUCCCAGGGGCCUGAUGUAGAUGGAGGAACAGAUUCCUUAGUGAGUCUCUGAACACAACCAGACUGAGGUUCUGUUAGUCGUGUGGGUUAAAUGACUUGCUCGUUUUCCAGUGUAGACACCAGCACGAGACUGCAGAUGCUGGAACCUGGAAUAAACACCAGAGACUCAUCCAUUUCCCCAACACAGAGUUCCUCCAGUCUGUUGCUGCUGCUGCAAUGUUCUGUUCAAUGCUGUUAGAUUGUAAUCAUAUUUCUAUAUAACCUUUAGGAGAUGUGCGGUGGUUUUGCCUGGUGAAUGCAGCAUUCUGAGGGAUCGUUGUUCUGAUUUAUUUAGAGAUACAGCAUGGAACAAGCCCUUUGAGCCCCGCCAACAACUGAUUUAGCCCUAGCCCAAUCACGGGAUAAUCUACAAUGAUCAAUCAACCUACUUUGGAGUGGGGGGGGGGAGACGUGCAUUCCGUGGGGUGAUGUUCAAACUCCUUACAGAUGAUGCCGGGAUUGAACUCCAAACUCGAUGUCUUGAGCUAUAAUAGCAUUGCACGAACAGUUAUGCUACCUUAGUAAUCUGAAUGGUGUUUCCAUUCACCUUCUGUGGGAGGUGUCAGAUUGUCAGUGGGAAGAGUAGGCCGUUUGGAAUUAAACACAACAGGUUUCUUGCAAUAUUACAGCUCCAAUCACCCCAUGAAGUGCUAGCCAGCUUCAGUAGCUGAACUGAUGUGUGUGACAUGGCAAAUUGAACUAAACUUUGCGACUCAACAUUCACAGCCUCUAUGUCCACCGACCCCCAUGUCACAUCCAAAGGCAGCAGAAACCUCACACCCUCCGGGAAGGGAACUCACCCUUGAGUGUAUAAAUAUUCUGGCUUGCAGCUGAUUGUAGUGGAGAUUGGGGGAUCUGAACAGAAUUGUUCUGCCGACUGAGCUGAUAUGCAAUCACCCUGGUCCUGCUUUUGUUCCAUUUAUCAAAAGCUGUGUGCUUCAUGGUCAAGGCUUUGCUUCAGAGUGCAGUAAGAUGAUGCAAAGAUCAUCUGUAGCAAACUUAAAUAUCCUCUGCCAACCAUAAACAACUGUUUCAAACUCGAAAGGAGGCUGUGAUCACUGGAAUUGUUCACUCCGCACUUCCAAUGGGAAGGACAGACUCUGACUUUCCCCUGGAAAAGUGGGAGGUGAACUUGAGUACCGUUUGUGCACUUGCUGACGCCUCUGAUUUACUACAGACCAACUCUGUGAUACCAGAAGCAAGAGCAGUGAGGGUGUAGAGUAACUGGGUAAAAUAUUCACAGCUCCAGAGAGUGGGAUGUAUCAUUCCUGUGAUGUACAUCUGGAGUCGGUACGGAUGUUUGCUGUAAAUAUGUAAUGUCAGCUUGAUUAUUCAAUUAUCUUAUAAAUUACUGAAUAUAGUACUGCAUAUACCUAGAUUUCCAAUCAACAAUAACCAUUUGCCUUUUCUGCAGUGUUGAAAGUGCAUGGUGAAUACAGACAGUGUGGAGAGUUACAGCUGUACUGAGUCUGUUAUGUCAUUUGUUGCAACCAAAGGAGAGGCUUCUCUACCAGAGGGCCAGAAGAGCUCAGCAUUUGUUAUAGAGCACUAUAGCAGAGACAGGCCCUUUAGCCCAUUUAAUCUAUUCUGUCUAGUCCCAUCAACCCAUACCCCUCCCCCUAAAUCCAUGUACUUAUCCAAACUUCUCUUAAAUGUUGCAAUCAAACCCACAAUCACCACUUCCUCUUGACAGCUCAUCCACACUCUCACCACCCCGAGUGAAGCAGUUCCUCCUAUGUUCCCCUUAAACACUUCACCUUUAGUUUAGUUUCUCUGAACCUAUACCCAUAUCUAAUCACCCCUCAUUUCCUAACUGAUUCACCCUUAUAACUCGGGUCCAAUAAGUGUUCAGUAUUGAGGGCAGAUAAAAAUUAAGUUUUUGAUGCUCACUCAUCAGCUGAGUAGAUGCCCAUGAGAUCCAUGAAAAAUUUUAUCCAAAAUUGGCCAGAGGUAGAAAGGAAUGUACACAAUGAGCAGUGUGAAAUUGAAUGGUUGUCACGUCAUGAUUUAGACACGAUUAGGUGAGCGGUGGACCAUUAACAGAUGGGCAGAUUGGAAUGCAGUGCUCAGCGGAUAGGUAAAGAAAUACACCAGUGUAAAAGGUGGAAAGUUGUGGAGGAGAGGUGGCUUUCAGUGCAUAUUAACAUGCAGGGUAAAUGGUCGAAACAUUUUCCCUUGGUAGCUGUAUCACACAAGAGUUUUGUUAACAACUCAAGGAUGUUCUGGCGGGCAGCCUGCAAGUGUCACCCCACAUUCCAGUCCUACAAUGUUCACCAGAAGGAGGUUUAAAGAUCUGAGGAGUUGGUUUUUAUUCCAUGGAACAUGGUUAAUACUUGGAAUGUAAAUCUGAUUCAGUGCUACAUGUAGGCACUUGAAUAGACAAAUGUAGAAUGCAGUCAAAUGGCCAUAGAGAUUGGUGUGACCAAGGGGCACGUUUUCUGUAUAUUCAGAUGCUGGGAAGGUUUACUGUAGAGCUGUUCACCUUGGAGCGGUAAGUACAGACAUUUGCAGAAUGUACAGAAUCACAACAGAUUUACAAGCUGUUCUCAUCCUGGAUGACUGAAGUACCAAGCCACUUGUAUAUGUCUAAAUUGCUCCUCGUGGUUGGUAAAUCAGAUGUUCACACCGAUAGUAAAUAUACUCAGGGCUGCAGUGUUACCAUUGUUUAAUUACAUCAUCUGUCCGCAAACUCAAGGAUGUUCCUGUCAGUGAAGAGCUUUGGAAUUGUAACUAGUUUGAAUUUUUUUUCUAGAAAUGAGUUCCAAACUUACACUGUUGCAGUUUGUUGUACAUUGCUGUUGCAGUGGGUAUUAAACUUUAACUUUGCUGUUCUACAUGAGCUGCAAUUUGCUUAUUAUUGUUUACCCCUGAAUUUACCUUUUAAUAGACCCAAAGGAAGUCAACUUAGAGGUUGCCUCAUGAUUGGGAAUUCCCCUGCACUAGAGACAUUCUCUGAGCUAUCUGGGGAGGAGAGACCUUCAAAAUGUGUUUUUUGUUUGUGACACUGAUUUCAUUACUGAACUCCAAUCUCUGCAGUAGCUGUUUGAAGUAGUUUGUCCAGUUAAUGUGAAACCCACUAUUUUUGUUACUUUCCUGUUGAGUUAGGGAAGAAAAAUUGUACAGCAUUUACUUGAUGACUUAACCAUUUUACAUAGGGAAGUUUUUUUUUACCCACACUAAGCCAGAUCUUUCAGUUAGGUGGUAUUGAUCUGGAAGUUGUAUGUAAUUAAAUAUUACUAUCAGGAAUUUAAUCAGAUAGCUUUGUUUUAAAAUAGAUUUUAUGUAGCACAUUAAUAAAUCAGUUAUUUUUUUACACAUGGAAAAAAUACAGGAGACCUCAGGAGUCCAGAGUAAUCUGGCAAAUUCUGCCAGUCUGACCAGUUUCAAACAGAUGUACCCAGGAUGAAAAUGUUAUUCUAUAAUUCUAUGUAUAAUAUAUUCAGUAGCAGUUAGCCUGUUGUAUGAAGGCAAAGUACAGGGUUAGUGAAUAUCUAUUCUGCUGCUAUUGCUCAGUCUAAUAACGUCCAAGAGGCAAAGACUGACAAACUUAGCACCUUUAUCUUGAUUAAUCUCUGUGUAAACCAAGACUUGUAUUUCUUCCCUCUUCUGAAUAUGCAGCCUUGGGGACAGAUCAAGAAGCUUUUUGUACCUCAAAUGGACUGUUUGAGGCCCCUUGACAUUAGUUGCAAGGUAUUUGAAGUGAGGAGUUAUUGUCCUGAACUUAUUACACUACAACUUAAAUAAUGUAACACUUACCUGUAACUGCUGGAAUUUUCUUUUAAAUAAAAGGUUUUAAUUAUUGCCAUGAUAUGUAUUCAGUGUGUUUAAUACCACAGCCAUUGUAAGUAUAAUUUAGAAAGCUGGACUUCUCAUUCUGUGAUAGUAAUGGGUCUAAAAGUCCUUAUUGAUUGUCAUAAUACAACAUGAAGACUGCUGUCUGAUUAAGGAGGGCUGUGCAGAGGCUGGUUACCCCU